AGCCAAAGAAGAGAUGUUGCUGCUGAGCUGGAAGGCUGCCUGUGAUCAUCCACAGCUUUUACUAGAGCUCCCUCCUCUUCCUCCUCCUGCUGCUCACCCCACUGUCUCCUGGACUCACCCCAAUGCAAACCCAGGUUCUGAGCGCUGGUAGCAAAAUCGCUGUGGUUCGGAGAGGAGGCCUGGACUCAGAAUCCUCCCAGGCCUUGAAGGUUCAUCUCCAGCCUGAGACAACCCAAGCCCCUUGGCUUCCUGGAGAAUUCUGGUAGGGCCAUGCCACUGGUUCACUAGAUGGACCCAGAUUUGUCUACAACCCUACAGUGGACAUGGAAAGUAGGAGACAUUUUGGAAGGAAGGAAGGAGGAAAAGAAGACCUAAAGAUAUAACCAAAAGUGGAUAUUGCUUCUCUUGUUCUCUUGGAUUCAUUCUGGACAUUUUCUCAGGAUGAAACUUCAGACACUUUGAGUUUUUUUGAAGACUACCAUAGCGAAAGGGCAUUCUCAAGUAGGACAAUUUGGAUGGGAUCAAAAAUGAAUCUCAUCGAACACUCCCACUUACCUGUCACCGAAGAAUUUUCUCUUUCUGACAACUUAUUUGGUGUCCUAACAGAACAAGCAGCAGGACCUCGGGGACAGAAUCUAGACGUGGAACCAUACUCCCAAUACAACAAUGUUCAAUUUCCACAAGUUCAACCACAGAUUUCGUCAUCAUCCUAUUAUUCCAACCUGGGUUUCUACCCCCAGCAUCCUGAGGAGUGGUAUUCUCCUGGGAUAUAUGAACUCAGGCGGAUGCCAGCUGAGACUGUCUACCAGGGAGAGAUUGAGGUAGCAGAGAUCCCUGUAACAAAAAAGGCCCGAAUGGGUGCAUCAGCAGGGAGAAUAAAAGGAGAUGAAUUAUGUGUUGUUUGUGGAGAUAGAGCAUCUGGAUACCAUUAUAAUGCACUGACCUGUGAGGGGUGCAAAGGUUUCUUCAGGAGAAGCAUCACCAAAAAUGCCGUGUACAAGUGUAAAAAUGGGGGCAACUGUGUGAUGGAUAUGUACAUGCGGCGAAAGUGCCAAGAGUGUCGCCUAAGAAAAUGCAAAGAGAUGGGAAUGUUGGCUGAAUGUAUGUAUACAGUCACAGAGAGAGAGAGAGAGAGGCAGAGACACAGGCAGAGGGAGAAGCAGGCUCCAUGCACCGGAAGCCCGAUGUGGGACUCGAUCCCGGGUCUCCAGGAUCGCGCCCUGGGCCAAAGGCAGGCGCCAAACCGCUGCGCCACCCAAAAUCUCUUAAGGAGGCAGACGGCAGGCUUGUUAACUGAAAUUCAGUGUAAAUCUAAACGACUAAGAAAAAACGUGAAGCAGCAUGCAGAUCAGACCAUUAAUGAAGACAGCGAAGGUCGGGAUUUGCGACAAGUGACCUCGACAACCAAGUCAUGCAGGGAGAAAACUGAACUUACCCCAGAUCAACAGAAUCUUCUGCAUUAUAUUAUGGAUUCAUACAGCAAACAGAGGAUGCCUCAGGAAAUAGCAAAUAAAAUUUUAAAAGAAGAAUUCAGUGCAGAAGAAAAUUUUCUGAUUUUAACUGAAAUGGCGACCAGUCAUGUACAGAUUCUCGUUGAAUUCACAAAAACAUUGCCAGGAUUUCAGACUUUGGACCAUGAAGAUCAGAUUGCUUUGCUGAAAGGGUCUGCAGUUGAAGCUAUGUUCCUCCGUUCAGCUGAGAUUUUCAAUAAAAAACUUCCAGCUGGACAUGCUGACCUAUUGGAAGAAAGAAUUCGGAAGAGUGGUAUCUCAGAUGAGUACAUAACGCCCAUGUUUAGUUUUUAUAAAAGUGUUGCCGAACUGAAAAUGACGCAAGAAGAGUAUGCUCUGCUUACAGCAAUCAUCAUCCUCUCUCCAGACAGACAAUACAUCAAGGACAGAGAGGCGGUAGAGAAGCUUCAGGAACCUCUGCUCGAUGUGCUACAAAAGUUGUGCAAGAUUUAUCAGCCUGAAAAUCCUCAACAUUUUGCCUGUCUCCUGGGUCGCCUGACUGAGUUGCGGACAUUCAAUCAUCACCACGCAGAGAUGCUGAUGUCAUGGAGAGUGAAUGACCACAAGUUCACCCCGCUUCUCUGUGAAAUCUGGGAUGUGCAGUGAGGAGUGUGGCAGGGCAAGAGCAUCCAGUGCUUCAUUUUCCUCACAAUAUGUCUGAUGUAUGACUCUUUUUGUUUCAUUUGUACGUGGUUUCACGCAAGAACUUUGGCGGAUAUUUAUGCAGUGAUUAUGUGACUUCCAAAGUUGUAAAUACUGAGCUAGAUAACAUUGCUUUCUCCGCAUGGCAUUUGCAAGGCUUCAGGGACUCUUUGGUCCAAACGGGCCGUCCUGCUCGCCUCGCUCCAUUGAUCAUUCUGCACUUCCAUCGGUUGAGAUAGGGAAAACUUCAUUUUGCUUUAUCUUAUAUCAUCACGUAUAUUUUAUCAAAGAGUUGUGUUCAAUUUUGGCAAUAAACUGAACAUAAUGGCAGUAGGCUUUUCUCUUGGAACAAAAUCUGAAAAAUACAGAAUCUCGUUUCUUUAAAUGGUGAACGACAUCCUGUUGGGCUUGGCAUUUGUGUGUGUGUGUGUGUGUGUGUGUGUGUGUGUGGUGAUGGGUAGUUUACAAAAAGAUAAACUCUCACAACACAAAUUUUUUUUUUUCUCAUCCCAGAAGCAGCCCUGGUGAAUAUUCAUUUAUUUGUAAUGGCCAUUUCAUUUCAUUUUCUCUGAAGUCAAAGAAGUAGCAUUCAGAAAAGCUAAUGAUUCUCAAAUAAAGUAUUCCCUCAAGCAAACCCUUCCAAAGUUAGGGUCUUGAAGUCCUGUUUACAAAUGCAAAUAACUCCAGUGAUGGGAUAUUCCCUUUUCUCUCUUAAAAGCACUUAACUUUGGCUUCAGUGCAUAUAAUUAAUCUGUGUGGUUUUUUUUUUUUUUUUUUUUUUGGUUUGUUUUGUUUUGCUUUCGGAAAACACUUCUACAGCUGGGUGCACAGCUGUUGUAUACUUCCCCCAAACCAGGAAUUAGUUCAUUUCCUUCAUUCAUUGUUACACUGCUGUAUUCUUCUCCCCAUCAUCCUUGGGUGAAUACCAUAAAACACCUCCUAUGAGCAAUGGCCUUAUAUAUACCCCUUUCUGCUGAAGUCAGACACAAUGGAGCUUGCUUAGCACACAAGAGGUUUUUCUGUAUUAAAAUAUUAGAACAAAAAUUUAAAAAAAUAUUAGAACCACCCUGAAGUCCUAAACACGGUGGGAAAGGGAACAAGCGGGGUUAGCAUUACUUGGAUUCUACUUGCUACAACAAGACUUGAGUCCCCACUAAGUACAAGGUCCCUCAAGGGUCACAGUCUGGGCCUGGAGGGGUUUGCAAAGAGGUGCAGAGACAAGUUCUGUGGGCUCACUGGGCAAGUCUCCUGGAGGAGGAGGAGGUGGCAUUUCCUCUGGGCUUGGAAGGCUAUAGCCAGGACCUCCACAGAGGCUGUGAGAGGGAACGGGAUGCAAGGGUGGCAGGAUCACAAGCAGGGGCUGGUGAGGUGCAGGUGUUAAAAAGCACAAGUAAUCUGGGGAGAAACAACCCUUGGCAAAACCCUUCCCAAGCCUCUGUUUCACCAUCUGGAAAUGUAGAUACCAGCGCCUAAGAUCUCUAGGAAUUUACCUAAUGGGUGAAAAGUGGGAAGUUGCAGGCCCCUCAAGGGAGAUAGGUGGUAAGGAAAGGACACAUCAGACAGGGAAGCCAGCUUCUGAAUGCCUGAAGGAGGAGAUUCGGUUUGGGGAACAGAAUGUGGUUUGGUGUAUCCCAGAUCACAGGGCAUUUGUAGGGAAAGUGAUGGGGAAUGAGCUGAAUUAAGGGGCACAUUACAGACCGAACUAGGAGUUAAUCACGUAGGUAUGGAUUCAUUCAUGUAGGUAAGACUUUGUAAUGGCAAAUAAUAAUGCUUACGAAAACGAAUUGUGAUAAAAUAAUACAUAUAGGCCCUUUGUUCCCCGUUCCUGACACAGGGCUUUCUAAAACCCUUGGAAUUUCCUGAUGGGGUGAAAGGAGCACCUUUUAUUUGUAACGAGCUGCUUUCAACCAGAGACCUGAGUUUAUGCUAACAAGAUGAUGCAAGGAGGGGCUCUAGGUACUUUAGGAAGGGUGAUGAUUGCUAGAUGAACCAAUCAUGUGAUUAGAAAGCUGGCUCUUUUGGCCCUAUUCCCAGACUCCGCGAUGGGGAGACAAUCCCAGAGGUUGAGGUCAAUCACCAAUGGCCAAGGAUUUAAUCAGUCAUGCCUAUGUAAUGGGUUUUCCAUAAAAAUGCCUAUAUGAUGCAUCUUGAGAACUUCUGGGUCCAUGAACACACUGAGGUGAAGAGCAUGGAACACACUAGAGAGAGCACGGAAGCUCCAGGUCCUCUCCUCUACUCCCAUACCUUACCCUAUGCCUCUUCCAUUUGGCUAUUACUUACCAAGUUGUACCCUUUAUAAUAAACCAGUGUCUAAACUGUUUUCUUUAGGUCUGAGAACCACACUAGCAAAUUAUAAAAAUUGAGGGGGGAGCAGGUAAUUGGUAAAGAUCUUAUUUCCAAAUAAGGUCACCUUCUGAGAUUCCAGAUGGACAUGAAUUUUGGGGGAUUUAUAGGGGAAGGAACACUAUUCCAUCCACUACAUAGAUAUAACAUUUUAGCAUUAAUCACAGCUGUUGUUAUAAAAUUUGACCUCAUUGAAUUACUUUCACACAAUAUUUGUUCAUGUAAAUCUGUAACAUUUCUUUAAGCUUAGUAUUGUUUUUAAUGUAGUAGGCUCUCAAAAGGCUAUCUGCUGAAUGAAUAGUUAAUUAGGAAUAAAUCAAACCUUUUAUUGCCCCCAAAUUUAACCCAGUACUUCACACAAGGUGUGUUCAUCUAUUGACACUCAAUUGUGUCAGAGCAUUAAAUGCAACAGCAGCAGCAGCCACAUAAUGCAGAACAAUAACUAAUAAACUCAUUAAAAGCAAACAAAACAAAACCCAACAAACAAAAAAACCUCUAACAACUAUGUUUUUUUUUUUUUUAAAUCCAGCAUUACUUAACAUACGGUGUUAUAUGAGUUUCAGGGGUGCAAUGUGGUGAUUGAACACUUCUGUACA